AUGCCGAGAUACUCACGCCUUUCAGUGGCGCAUGAGUCGGUCUUUGAUAUAGACUUCUUCUCCCGGUUUGUUCUUACCAGAGCUGCAUACGAUGAUAUAGACCAGAAGGAUCUUGCUGAUGUCCACAUGUCUGCCCUCCCGAUCUCGAGGUUGCUUAUUCGACUCUAUGGAGGCCUUCUUAUGCAGAUAUGGCCGUUGCACUUACAGGAGGGAGCGGCAGCAGCAGCAGAGCAGGCGGCGGACGAUGUACCAGUUGAUCUGGUUGCCAUGAAUAUGGACAUAGAUUUGAAGCAGCCUGCAGACGACCCAGAGCAUCACUCUCAAGUUGGGUCACCCGUUGUGACGACCCUGAAUAUUAUGCAAGGGCAGUUUGGUUUAUUCCAAAUAAUGUAUAAGCCAUAUCUAGAAGAACAUGCAACCAAUGACUUGUUGAGAUUUUCAUCAUCUGGUGGUCACCAAGUAAAUAUAUCUCAGGAUUCUAGUUUAUCUACAGUUUCCUCCCUUGUUUCUAUUCUUCCGGCGAUGGUCAGAGGCCAAAUGAGGAUCAGAGUAGGAGAAGAGAAAAAAGUUGGUAAAUCUGGUCAAGUUAUACGUGAAGUUGUGAUUAAUUCAAGGGAAGAGGUUACUGAAUGCAUGCAGAAAGUUGUGAGGCGUAGGGUUAUGAUUUCAAGUGCAAGGCAGGCUGUUUCUGGAAUACUGACUGUUGGUGCUGUUCAUGGAGUUAGAUAUCUUGCAAAUAAGAUGCGCAAGGCUUGGAAAUCAUGGACAUGAACUUGAAAUACUGA